AGCGUGUCAGGAAAAGAGUUCACAUCAGACGCUUGUGUUUCUCGCUCACUGACAGUUUGUGACACGUCACUGCCCAUGAGACAUUUGUGAGCGUGUCUGCUGGAGGAGUUGACCCGCGGACUUCCCACGACACAGAUUGUGCCAUGGAUCAUGUGCUGAACAUCGCUGACCAUUAUAUCUUCACACCGUAUGUUUACCCAUCCACAUGGCCUGAGAAUGAUACUCUGCGUCAGCUAAUCAGCCUGUGGGUGGUGACCAACCUGGGAGCACAGCUGAUUUACCUGGGCUUUGGUGCACUUAGCUUCUACUAUGUGUUUGAGCACAAUCUCAUGAAACACCCACAGUUUAUUAAGAACCAGGUAAGAAAAGAGAUUGAACUGGGUACUGUUGCCAUCUUUUGGAUGAGCUUCCCCACAGUGGCCCUCUUCUUCUGGGAGGUCAGGGGACACAGCAAACUUUAUGACAACAUCAGCAAAUCAACUCUGGGUUGGUCUGGAAUGUUCCUGAGCAUUGCUGGUUUCUUAUUCUUUACUGACAUGUGUAUCUACUGGAUACACUGGUGCAUGCACCAUAAGAGUAUUUACAAGUACUUACAUAAGCAACACCAUAUAUUCAAAAUCCCUACACCAUUUGCCAGUCAUGCCUUCCACCCACUUGACGGUUUCCUGCAGAGCUUACCUUACCAUCUAUACCCGUUCAUCUUCCCCCUCCACAAGGGGAUCUACCUGUCACUCUUUGUCUUUGUCAACAUCUGGACCAUUUCCAUACAUGAUGGAGACUACCGCAUACCUGGCCCUUUCAUAUAUCUAAUCAACGGUGCUGCUCACCACGCAGAUCAUCACCUCUACUUCAACUACAAUUACGGACAGUACUUCACACUCUGGGAUCGCCUGGGGGGCUCCUACCGGCACCCCUCGGCCCUGCUGGGGAAGGGGACACAUGACCAGAUUCGUGAACUCAUGGCAGAGGCUGCACAAACACAGCGAUGACAUUUGUGAGUGUAGUUAGUGUAUUCAUAAAAGAUGUAAGGUUGUUGCUUCAGCUACACAAGUAGCAUAUAUUGAGUUUGAAAUACCAAACUCUAAAUAUACAUCAUGCCAUUUAUCUUGGUGGUGAUACUAACUAAAUUAUAGCUGACAUUAAUAGGAUGUAGAAAAAAAAUUUCAAAUAAAACUGAUUUGCCCUAGUAAAAUAA